GCGUCCCAUUGCGUCUCAGACCAUUGUCCCUGACAAGACGACGGCGCGCAAUGAACUGUAGUACAGACUCGAGCAGCUGCUAGACUUUGAUCCAUAGCUGUCACGUCCUUGCAACUACCCGCUCCGAUGGCCGCCGCCGCCAGCAGCUCAAACUCCCCCACGCUUGAUCUAGAUGCUCUGAUUCAGAGUCUCCCCGCAUGUAAGAGAUGCCGAGAGUGUCGCCGCGGAUGCGACACCUUAUUACCGAAGUGCAGGCAAUGCACAAAAGCCGGCGUGGAAUGCAUGUUUUACGACCAUGGACGCAAUGAGCUGCUGCCACGAAGCUAUAUCAGCGAGCUGGUAGAUCGUGUGCGUAGUCUGUCAAGCGGGAAUCCUUCACCAGCAGCUUCGGGUAGCGCUUUAGAUCAUGGCGUAUUCGGCACGCAGGUCAAGACUGAGUUCAUCGCUUCUGAAAUUCCUCGAUACGAGCAUCACUUUGCCGAAGCCGGAAAUAGCUACCGAUAUCUCGGCGCGGAAUCGUGCCUCCUCAAAUCACCCAGACUGCACACUGCGCAUGAGGUCCGCGGCGAGCAAGAUGACGAAGAACUCGACGAUUGGCACUACACUAACAAACAUUCGCCCGAGAAGCAGUACGAGCUGAUGCAGCUGUUCCUUGAGACAGUCCAGCCAAUCUACCCCAUUCUGGAUCCAUCUCUACGUUAUCUUGGACCGGAUCUGCCCAGCGACCUCACGUCGACUGAGAUGUUCUCGCUGUACAUGAUAUAUUCUAUAGCAUGCUACAUCAUCCCCAAUACUCGCAAAAAGCAACCGCCAGAUCAAGACUGGAACCCCACAGGUAGGCUUGCAUAUCAUCAGGCCAAUUCUAUCAGAUACCGCUCUCUCGCGACUCAAUACUUCGCAGAUGCUAUGGAGCACCUCGAGUUAGCAACAAUGGACCCAAAUAUCGACACCAUCCGUUCCGUCCUUCUACUUGCCAUCAACAGCUCGUUCGACCCAAUAGCGGGUAACAUUGGUCAGCAGAUAGCUCUUGCAGGCCGGCUUGCGUUCGAUCUAGAGUCAAAAAGCACAUUACAAGAGCUUGGUCCGGACGAUGUCCAAAUGCUCCGAGCCAUGCACAUGACUAUAUUCUGCCUUGAAAAUCAGAUUGCAUCUACACUAGACAGGCCGGCAUUGUUUCCAGAACCGGAAGAAGAUUUGUGUUUCGACAAGGAAAAGCCCGCCGAAUAUCUUUGCUCCUUGUAUCGUAUGCAGAAUCGUUUUCGCAAGGGUGACCACCUUGCGAAAGAGAAGGUCAAGAAGCUACUCCCACUCUUCGACGAGAAAGACGAGUUGCUUCCUGUCAUACGCAUAACCUUGCACAUUACACAUCUGUUGCUAAAUCCUUGCUGGGGAAGCGCGUGGCAUGUGCUAGAAGCUGUAGUAAGCUUCGGUGGCAUCCACGUCUUCGUCACACCACACUGGGUUUACCGAGCAGGCACGGUGCUCAUCCAAAACAUGCCUGCGAUCUUUGGUGGUAACCUCAUCCAACUGUAUUCAAACGCGCUUCUCGUUCUCGAACUUUCUUCCUGGAGGUGGCCGAGCUCCGCUGCUCUCUCCGCGUCGCUGGUCGACCUCAUGCAGCAUAUGAAAACGAAGUACCGGCCAGACUGGUCCGACAAGCUUCAACAAGGCGACAUGUCCUCUUCGUCCGCUGCGGAAAAUAUACGAAAAACCCAAUCUAAGGGUCCGGGAGAUGUCGACAUCGUCCAUCGCGGUUCCCGAGAAAUGCCUCCAACUCCAGAUUCCUGA